AUGCCUCAGCAACCUGCUGCCUAUCUAUCUUUGAAUGAGAGUCUCUUCAGCUCGAAUGCCUUCUUGAAAAAUCCCAUCGUCACUUCAGCUCCAGCAUAUGUUGAAUCUAUCGUCUCGGCUGCACUCUUGAACGUACCAACUGCAAACCCUUUGAAUCAUCAAGAACCUCUGGUACAAUCAGGAAGCGCUGUAUUGAUCAAGAGACAAGUCUCACCACCACCCAUCAUCCCUCAACAACCUAUCGCUUAUCCAUCACCUGAUGAAACUCUCUUCAUUACCGACGACUUCUUGACUGAUGCGAUUGUCACGUCAUCAAUGGCAUAUGUUGAAUCUGUUGUACCAGCAGCACUAUUGAACGUCACACCUUCUACCUAUAUUCUUUAUUCCAAUGUCACUUAUGUGGCUGACCCAGUUGCUAACUGUUACUGGGCUGGCACCUUGUGCACACGAAACACAUCCGGGGGCUGGGGUCUUCCUGAUGUCGUGUACUGCCCACAAAACUAUCAAUGGGGACUCACUUAUGACGAUGCUCCAAGUGAGAACAUCGUUAAUGGUGUUCAUAGUAAUGACACAAUUGCUCUCAUGGAUCAAUUGGACGCCAUGAAUAUCAAGACUACAUUCUUCGUCACUGGUUCACAAUCAUCCUACUAUCCUGCCAGUUUGAUUGCCAUCGCAAACCGCAGUCAUCACGUUGCUCAUCACACUUGGACACAUCACCCUCUUACAAGUUUGACAAAUGAGCAAGUUGUAGCUGAAAUGAUGUACACUGCCGCUAUAAUCUACAACGUAACGGGUAUCAGUGUUCGUUACUUUCGUCCUCCUUAUGGUGAUAUUGAUGAUCGUGUUCGUGCAAUCGUCAAUGCCCUUGGCUUCCGAGUCAUCAUGUGGGAUACCAAAUAUGAUGCUACUGAUGCUGAUGUCGUCGCCUCCGAUGCAAGUUUCACAAUAGUUGAAAACAUCUUGGAAUCAUGGUUCAACACUGUACCAGGCUUCAUUGCUCUUCAACACACAAUCAGUACUUUCACGUCAGCCACUUCUAUUGCUUCUCUGGUAAAGAUCCAAUCAUUGGGUGGGAUCAAAAACCAACUGAUGGCAGUUCCUCAAUGCCUUGGUGACACUCAAUGGUACAAGAAUGCAAAUGUCACCACUCUAUACAAUACUUGCACAAUUCCAGGAGGGUGCACUGGUGUAACUGCUCCUCCAGUGAAAUAA